UUUUACUUAAAAAAAAAAAAAUAUUUAAAAUCAUUUCCAUAUUUUGAAUUGUGUUUGAAUCAUUAUCAAUGUUGUUUAAUUCAUAAAAGUUUCAUAUAAAUACGAAAAAUCAAAAAUUUAAAAAUAUGGCAGAUCUUGAUAAAUGGAUAGAAAUUGCAAAAGAAUGCAAAUAUUUACCAGAAAACGAUUUGAAAUGUUUAUGUGAUUUGGUGUGUGAUUUAUUGUUAGAGGAAUCAAAUGUGCAACCAGUAUCAACACCUGUGACGGUUUGUGGGGAUAUUCAUGGACAGUUUUACGAUUUAGAAGAACUAUUUCGAUGUGGUGGUCAAGUACCUGACACAAAUUAUAUAUUUAUGGGUGAUUUUGUGGAUCGUGGAUAUUAUAGUUUAGAAACAUUAACACGAUUGUUAACGUUAAAAGCACGUUGGCCCGAUAAAAUAACGUUACUCCGUGGCAACCAUGAGAGUCGACAGAUAACACAAGUUUAUGGAUUUUAUGAUGAAUGUUUAAGUAAAUAUGGUAAUGCUAAUGCAUGGAAGUAUUGUUGUCGAGUUUUUGAUUUAUUAACUGUGGCCGCUUUAAUUGAUGAACAAAUUUUAUGUGUACAUGGUGGUCUAAGUCCCGAUAUCAUAACAUUAGAUCAAAUUCGAUCAAUUGAUCGUAAUCAAGAAAUACCACACAAAGGUGCAUUUUGUGAUUUAGUAUGGUCCGAUCCAGAGGAUGUUGAUACAUGGUCGAUAAGUCCAAGAGGUGCUGGUUACUUAUUUGGUGCUCGAGUCACACAUGAAUUUAUGGACGUAAAUGCAUUGUCACUAAUAUGUCGUGCACAUCAAUUAGUACAUGAAGGUUAUAAAUAUAUGUUUGAUGAUAAAUUAGUAACCGUAUGGUCAGCACCAAAUUAUUGUUAUCGUUGUGGAAAUAUUGCCAGUAUAUUAGAAUUUAGUUCGACAGAUAAUCGUCAAGCGAAAAUAUUUAAAGCGGUACCUGAUUCAGAACGUGUCAUUCCACCAAGAAAUACAACACCCUACUUCUUAUAAACUUACUAAAACAGCCAAUCAAAAACGAAAAAAAUUAAUUAUAUUUAUAACUUUUUUCACAAUUAACAAAAACACGUUCCUUUUGCCCAAAAAAAAAAAAAAAAAAAAUCUUUUAUAGAUACGAUCAAUUUUUAUGUAUCCGCGUAUCCAGAUGUCGUCGAUGUUCGUUAGGCCUUAUAUCAAUAUUAUAGUCUAAGGUGGAAUCAAUCAUGAUUUUUUAUUUUUUGGAUAUGCAAGUUUUGGUUCGAAUUUAAAGGAAGUUAGCCUUAUUUUUAAAAAUGUCGAUGCACAAAGUAUACAGGAUUUUCUAUAAUUAACCGUAGAACGUUAAACUUCCUGAAUAAGCUUGAACUGAAAGCAGAACAAAUCUAUUACGUUUUAUUUAUGUUUAUGGAAAUGACCAUUUUCAAACUUUUAUAAGAACUUAUACUUUUUGCAAAACUCUAUGAUCCUCCUGGAGAUGAUUGAAAAGAUCUCCGUAAAUUAGAAAAAAUCUUAAGAUCCGAUCACAAUAUAAAUUAAAUAAAAACAUGAUUUCUUUUAAAUUUAGGUCCAAACUUACGUUGAAACGAAGAUUUACGAGCGAUCGUUUCUUAAACUAUUUUUCGGAUUUGUUUCAUUUUGUGUUUGCUUGCAUUUAAACUGCAACGACAGUUCAUAAUUUAAGGGAAGUGUCUUGGUGCGUUAUUCUUCCGCCUUUUCAGGAAGCGUGAACAUUUUUUUAAUUGUGCAACAUGCUGAAUAGGGGAAAGUGUGGUACAAUUUUCUUGCUUUGACUACGGAGUCUACUUUGGUACACAUUCGGAAGCUCGGUUAGAAGGGGGAAGGUUUUAGUACAGAAGUUACGCUGAGCUACGUCAGGUAAAAGGUAGCAAUGAAGCAAAGCUACGAAAUUUUCCUGAUAUAUUUUUUUGACACAAUGAAAAUAAUUUGCUGUUUAAGUUACGUCAUACUGUAAGAAAUGCCGUAAACCGUAAUACCAGUGUUUCAGAGAAUAAAAAUUGUUUUCUUGACUUGAUAAUAAAAAAA